GUCUGAACAUCUCAAGCCCACCAUGGAGGGCACGCAGCGAGACCCCUUGGCCGACCUCGAGCGGCACCGCUUACGACUAGAAGAGACGGUUGCGAAUCUCCGUAAAUCUCUGCAUCACUGGCACACAUGGGAGUUCGAAUACGAAGCGCUGAAAGAAGAAAUCCAGCGUUUCAAAGGCCAGCCAAGCACCGAGGACAUGGUAAAGAUCGGAUCUGCCUUUGGAGGAGACCUAGUUAAUGAGAAGGAAAUAAAAGAGCUCAUAGGGUACGGCAAGCCGGUAGAACGGGACGGUGCCCAAGUAGUGAAUAUGAUCUCAAGACGGCUAGACUAUGUUCAACAGAAUGCCCAAACCGUACAGAAACAACUCGAUGGGGCGGAGCGGAAGCUUGAAGCCGCGCUAGUCCUGCUAGAACCCGAUCUCGCUGACGAGGAAGGGCUGCCUUUGACAGACAUCCAUGAAGAGCUGGACGAAGAAGGCAACGUGAUCUCAAGCACGCUAUUGCAUCCGAGCAAAACAGCUCCUGAUGUCAUGGACACCUUGCGAAAGGCUGGAGCGAUCAAGGCAGAGGAUACUCUGAACCCGAGCUCCUCUGUGCCACCGGAACCUUCAAACCCGGGAAGCUCACAAAAGCUAGGAGGCUCUAUCUCUGAACCCCACAACGAUCAGGAUAACAAAACCGACAGGACUUUCCCCAAAGAAAGUGCUGACUCCCCUAAGCCAAUCUUGUCUAAUGCUGAUCGAAAGCCAUCGUCAGCCAAGAAGUCUGUCGCUUUCGCACAAGACACAGCCCCGCGCGCGUCUUCGUCUAACGAAACUUCUGGAACGGUGCACUCUGGAUUGGAGGAUGACUUAGCUGCCUUCAAUUUCAAUCGAGGUGAGAAGGUGAUUGAGCUCGACGAGAACGACAAGGAAGUCGCGUCAUAUCCCAUCAUUCCCAUGACCGAGUCACCUGAGGAUGCGGCAUUACGACGAGAAAUGUUGCAGUAUGGUCUUGCAGAGGUCAAUUCUGUGGUUGCAGAGAUUGACUUGGAAGAGGGGGAUGAAGAGUUCUCAGACCUCGAUGACGACUACGAUGGCGAAUAUCCGGAGACUGACGACGACGAAGAAGAAGACGAGUAUGGCCGUACCGCGCAUGCCGUGAUUACCGAUGAUUACAGAAAGGAAAUGCUCGAACUCGAGAAAAAGCUGAAUGCUCGCAUGCUGGAGAGCAUUGGCCCGGAAUCGGAAGAGACAGCUGUCCCAGGAUCAGUAGAAGAUGUUCGCAGGCUCGUAGUGCAGCGAGAGGAACCUGAGAAAAAGGUGGUGCCUACAUCCACAUCAGGCGGAAGAAAGAAAGGGGUGAGGUUUGCUGAGGAACUGGAUGUUUCACCUGCGCCCGCGCAAGCGGUCCCCGACAAGCAACAAACCGCACGUCCUUUGGUAGACAGAGCUCCUUUGGCCGAUGCGAUCAUCGAACGGAAACAACCAUACAGCGACCAUGCUUCAACAUCUUCAAUCGAAGCGUCAAAGCCUGUCAAAGUGUCACGCUUCAAAAUCUCGCGCUCUGGUGCGAGCGUGACCCACUCCACAGAACAUAUCAGUACAGGCACGGGCACGCCUGCUUCAGAUGCCACCCAGUCAUUCAAUGACAGUGGAGAGGCGUCUGGAGCAACUCUAGCUAAUCGAGUGGUGGAGCGAAACGUCGUGGAAGAUGACAUCGUACCUCCGAAUGAGGACGGUCUCGAUCCGGCACUUCUGGCUCAGGAAGUCGUUAUCGAAUAUAACAAAAAGCGCAACCGUAUGAUUCAAGAUCAAGGGGGCUUCACGCCCUCAGCAGAGGACAUUGAAAGCCCUCUAGUGGAAGAGAUAGACGGUAAAGAUAAGAAGGUGAGUAGGUUCAAAGCCUCUCGCCUGAAGUCUGGAGGCACAUAGUGCGAUCAAUCCCUUCGAAAACUAUUCAUUCCAUAUUCAUAGUUGCUGAAGCAUACGUGCGACUGGAGGUUCAUUCUUCUAUCGAAUCCGGAACAGUCCAAGGGUUAUACCCUCGUGAGAGGUAUUCUGAAUAUACCGCCCCACAUGAGACGCGUUCCUAGAGCAAAGUGAGGUCUCUCUGACGUGGCAUCUUAGCCUUCAGUAUUUGUCAUGAUUUCGUUUCAGCCUCUACAUAUCUAGACUCGAGCAAUACUGCUCUGGAGCCUAGAUAUCCCGUUCACCAUUUUUAUGGCCUCGGGGAUUUACCAGGUAGCCAGUAGCUUACUUGGACAAAAUCAAUAGAUUAGUCAAUGAUGCCGUGCAAUAUAACUGUUUGCGCCUCU